AUGAGUUUGGUUAAGUUGGACCUUGCUUUCAACAACCUCUCCGGUUCCUUGCCAUCUGGACUUUGUGUGGGAGGUCGGCUACAAAAUUUAGUCGUUGUUGGUAACAACUUGGUUGGACCAUUUCCAUCAAGCUUGCUAAAUUGUACAAGCCUAGUUAGGGUUCGACUUGAACGGAAUUACCUUGAAGGAGAUAUCACCGGGAUGGGAUCUUAUCCAAAUCUUGUCUAUAUUGAUAUCAGUUCGAAUAAACUAUUUGGCCAAUUAUCUCAUAUUUGGGGUGAGUGCUACAAACUUACUGUGCUACGUGCCUCAAACAAUCAUAUAACUGGAGUAAUACCAUCAAGCAUAGGUAAAUUAUCUAUGCUAGGGAUACUUGAUGUUUCAUCAAACAAGCUUGAAGGACAGAUUCCACCGGAAAUUGGUAAUGUAAUGAUGUUGUUCAAUUUGAGCCUUUCCGGCAACUUACUGCGGGGAAAUAUGCCACACGAAAUUGGAUCAAUGAACAACUUGGAGUAUCUAGAUUUAUCAUCAAACAACCUAACUGGGCAGAUACCAGACUCAAUUGGACACUGCCAAAAGAUUCACUUUCUAAAGUUGAGCCAUAAUCACCUCAAUGGUAUAAUUCCUAUUGAACUAGGAAUGUUGGUAAACCUACAAGAUCUGUUGGAUCUCAGUGACAAUUCAAUUGAUGGCAAUAUUCCAAGUGUGUUAGGAAGUCUCGGUAUGCUUGAAGCCUUGAAUCUUUCUCACAAUGCACUGAAUGACAGCAUUCCACCAUCAUUUCAAAGCAUGACAAGUCUCCUAUCCAUGGAUGUGUCAUACAACAAAUUGGAAGGACCAUUGCCACAUACUAGGUUCUUCGAAAAAGCUCCAAUCAAAUGGUUCCGGCAUAAUAAGAAAUUGUGUGGUGUUGUGAAAGGUUUGCCCACUUGUGAUCUUCCUCGAAGUAGUGAACAAGGAAAAAAGUCUGGGGCUAUUUUACUAGCUAUUAUACCAAUUGUUGUAUCUUUUGUGUUUAUGACUGCAGUAGUAACAUGGCAAUGCAAAAAGAAAAAACCAAGGACAGGAACUGCAAAUGAAGUACAACAAACCAACAUGUUCUCCGUCUGGAAUUUUGAUGGGGAAGAUGUGUACAAUAAAAUUGUUGAUGCCACAAAAAAUUUCAGCAGCUCUCAUUGCAUUGGAACGGGAGGGAAUGGAUCUGUCUAUAGAGCUCAGUUACCAACUGGUGAAUUAUUUGCAGUGAAAAAGAUCCAUAUGACGGAAGAUGAUGUGCAAUUUAACCAAGAAAUACAAGCCUUGAUGCAUGUUCGACAUCGCAACAUUGCAAAGUUGUUUGGUUACUGCUCUGCAACUCAGGGAAGAUUCCUUGUGUAUGAGUACAUGGAUAGAGGUAGCUUAGCAGCAACUUUGAAGGGCAAGGAAACUGCAAUUGAAUUGGAUUGGACGAGGAGGUUAAAUAUUGUUUGUGAUGUUACUCAUGCUUUGUCUUACAUACAUCAUGAUUGUUUCGUGCCGAUAGUCCAUAGAGAUGUAACAAGCAACAACAUUUUGCUUGAUUUGGAAUUUAAAGCGUGCAUCUCGGAUUUUGGUCUAGCAAAAAUACUAGACGUGGAAGCAUCGAACUACACAAGUCUUGCUGGUACAAAAGGAUAUCUUGCUCCAGAUCUUGCAUACACAACAAGGGUGACAGAGAAGUGUGAUGUUUAUAGUUUUGGAGUGCUCAUUCUAGAGUUGUUUAUGGGACAUCAUCCACGUGAUUAUCUUUCAUCUAUGGACAAGAGAAGCACAUUACUUGAGAAUUUGUUGGACACACGGCUUCCACCCCCUGAAGUUGAGAUCACAAGUGAAAUAUUCAAAGUGGUCACGGUCGCGGUUCAGUGCAUAGAACCGAAUCCAUCACACCGUCCAACAAUGCAGCAGGUGGCCAAGGUGUUGUCAAGAGCUGAACGACCUGCUAACGAUCUUGAUUAUCUCCAUGUUGACAUUAUCAUCCCUGCUUGUUGGUCAUGA